AUGGUGUACACCCCUCCAGGCGAUGCUGCAGCGCUGUGGCCUCACAGCUGCAGACAUCGCAACCCCAGGCCCUCCACCUCAUCUCUGGAGAUUUCAACCACGCCUCUCUGUCUUCAACUCUCCCCACCUUCACCCAUGCCAAAGACUGUACAUCCCAGGGAGAUCAACCACUUCAGGCCGGUAGGCAUAGCUUCCCACCUGUUGAAGACCCUGGAGAGGAUUGUACUCAACUACUUCCGUCACCUGUAUCUGUACUUCCUGCACGGAGCAUUGAGCGAGCAAGUUUCUGGAGGCGUGGCUUUGGAUGGAGCACUGACGGGAGGAGGGGGUGGAGCUCAGCGGAGGCGCCGCUUUCCCUUUGACUUCCGAGCUGAAUGGAGGAGAAAAAACACGACGCGAGCUGGUGCUACAGGCUGCUACUGGGACGGCGCCAAAAGCGGGGAUAUUGUUGGAGACGGAUGUCACUCUCUUCUGCAACAAGUAAAAACAAGAGUGGAGUACAAAAAUAGGAAUAAUACUCUUGCUCGAUGCCGCAGAGAAGGAAGACCGCGCAGGGAAAUGGCAGGAGAGGCCAGACUGGCAAGAGGUCCUGUUGACCAAUACGGGUGUGUGAGGUGGGGCCCAGCAGAUUUGCCAGUGGGGGAGACCGAGGCAACGUUGGAGAAUAUGAAGAGGGAUCUGCUCAACAUCUACUCAGAGGAAGGAAUGAGUGGGGCAGAGAGAGCAGAACCAAUAAUGAGGAAGACAUACGUCAUCCUGCGGAAAUACCUUAACAAAGUGCCUGCCCCAGCAAUGUCCGAGAUCAAACUGGAGUGGCCCUUUCUCUUCUCUCAGAAAUGCCUAUUCUCACACUUUAGCCUCCUGACAGACAUCGACAUCCUUCCAAAACUGCAGGAGGCAAUCAGUCGACGAGGACAGACCAUCCUGGAUUACUGUGCAACGCUGGACAACCCCAGAAUCUGUGAUGUUCUGGCCUGCUAUGAGCCAGACUCUGACAAGGCCGCCUGCAUCCUGCUGCUCCUAAUGUCAUACUUCAGAGAGCCGAAGGAGAGUUUGAUGCUUGAAGUUGAUCCAUGUGCCACUGCUGUGGACGUUAAUACUGCAGAACUCCCCAGCACCCCCUGCUUGAUCGUUCAAGGUGACAUGAUGAAGCCCUCUGGGUGGCUUAUAUCCAUUGAGGGACAUGUUGUGAUGGGCCCACACCCUGUGUUUGUACAUGGAGUAGCAGCUUUCUUCAGCAGCUAUUACGUCUUCAACCUUGAGUAUCCUGCCGCUGGAUCGUCAACGCUGGAGUUCAUUCAAAGGUGCUUCUUGGGCAUCAAUCCCGAAAGAGGCUCAAAGACCAAGAAGCGCACAACAAUGAACCCUCAUGUGAGCACCCUUUUGAGGAAGCUCAUUGACUUUGAGUGGGCAUCAUAG